GAUUGAUGGGGCUGUUGGUGAUGACGUCCUAUCAAUUACUAUGUGUUUGGGUGAGCUCAACAACACUAAAAUUGGUGCCGUGAACGAGGCGCAGCGGUCUUGUCGCGUUUGUGAUCGACAAACAACUCACAAGAUGAUGAGAGUAAUAAGAGUUCGCGAUGUCUCCCAAUAUCAAAUCUACUAAAUCAAAUCAAGUCAAGUCAAUCAAGCUCAAUUUAAUCAAACACUACAUCUCGACUCUAAACUAAAAUUCAUUACGAAUUCACCUACAAUUUUACCCAUUCAACAAGAUGGCUGUUACAGAUAUUCCCACGAUAUUCAACAUGGUGAAGCGGGACGACGACGAUAAUGAUAACGACCAUGAUCACGACCACCACGAUGGCAACGGCGGCACAGUCGGGCUAGUUAUCGGAAUCAUCCUCAUCGUUUUAGCCGUCGUCGUCGUCGCAGGCCUAGGCUUCUAUCUAUACCGAAGAAGCAGCAGAAGAAAGAGCGAGAGAGAAGCCCAAGCCCAAUACGCAAACUCGUACCCUCUCAACAACGGAUACCAAGGAGGAUGGCAACCUUCCGCCCCGCCCGUGGGCGCCGCUUACGGACAACCCAGAGAGCAAGCCCGAGAAGACGCACUGCCGAUCUAUGAAGGAGCUGGCCUCCACGACCCGGACCGCAAGGUCGAGCCUCCCGUCUAAGAAUGAGGACGGAUUAAACCCACUUGACGUGGUUAACGAACACGAAUCGAUACCUGUAUACCAGUUAGCACGAGCCUUUUGAUGUACUCUAUAUGUGUGUGUACCUGCAUUCAUUAUUGUUAUUAUGGAGUUGGGGGUUUGGUUAUAUGUUCGGGUGUCAUGCAUUUACAGCA